CAAAACGCAGAAGAAGAAGCUGAUGAUCAUUGUGUCCUGAAUAAUAAUAUUGUCUCUGGGUAAUGAUGGUUUAAUGAUGGCGGCGUUUGCUUUGAUCAGGACUUGCUGUAAACCUCGUUACACAAACAGCAGGACUUUUUCCUUCAUGUCGCAGCUCUCAGGAGUCCGACACAAAAGCAUGAUCCAGUAUGCCACACGUCCUGGCCUGCCUAAACUUGCCUACAGGAAGCUGAAGGGGAAAAACCCAGGAGUUGUCUUUCUCCCUGGCUAUGCCUCCAACAUGAACGGGCAGAAAGCCGAAGCUCUGGAGGAGUUCUGCAAAUCUCUGGGUCACUCGUACCUCCGAUUUGAUUAUUCAGGCUGCGGAGCGUCUGAGGGGAAAAUAACCGACUACAAUGUCGGCACGUGGAAGAAGGACGUCCUGUACGUGCUGGAUGAGUUAGUGGAAGGACCUCAGAUUUUGGUCGGCUGCAGUUUGGGCGGCUGGCUGAUGUUGCUUGCGGCUCUGGCGAGACCAGACAAGGUCGCUGCCCUGGUGGGUGUUUCCACAGCUGCGGAUCAUUUCGUCACCGCCUACAACGAGCUUCCUAUUCAGACGAGGAAGGAGAUAGAGGAGCAUGGGUUCUGGUCGUUCCCCAGCCGCUACAGCGACGAGGGCUCGUAUGCACUGAGCGUGGAGUUUCUGCGGGAGGCGCAGUCUCACUGUGUGCUGCAGGGCCCCAUCCCAGUGUCCUGCCCUGUGCGGCUCAUCCACUGUCUGCAGGACGCCGACGUCCCCUGGCACGUGUCCAUGCAGGUGGCCGAACGCGUUCUCAGCAGCGACGUUGACGUCAUCCUGCGCAAACAUGGCUGCCAUCGCAUGUCCCACAGGGAUGACCUCAAACUGAUAGUUUACACCAUCGAUGACCUCAUCGACAAGCUCACCACACUGGGGUGAACCGCACAGUGGGCGGGGCUUUCACGCCACAACAAUGGACCUGUGAUCCUUGGAAAUUCAGCUUGUUUGUACGAAUGCCGUGGCUUGGUUUGUUACAGAAAAUGUAGCCUUUGCUUUAACAAGCACUUUAUUCACAUUUUCACACAUUUUGAGUGUUAUGUUUGUAAAUCUGUCACUCAUGAAUAUUAUUAGUAUUAAGCCUGAACACUAGUUAGCCAGCAAAAACCACCACUUGCUUGUUACUGUGACACAGGAUUUGCUUGCUAGAUAAUCUGAGUGUUCAGGUUCUGCUCUCUGGCUGCUGGAGCUAAUCAGCUUGACUAACGUUAGCAUACAAAUCACGACAUCCUUAUUAGCCACUUGUUUUGUUGAUUGCACAGAGACUCCACAGCUUUUGGGAGCCAUUACUUUCACUUCACCCAGAUGUUCUCUAGCUGACCUUUUGACCUGUGAAUUCUCAAACCAUGGUGUCGUGAGCUGAAAGAACACUAAGGGAUUUGGGGCUUUUUAGGUGACACUUUUUUUUUUUUUGAAGUCGUUGCCUCACACACACCGGGGGGGAUUCUUUCUCGCUCGCUAAUGUUCCAUCUGCAUUCUCUCUAACAGUGCAUACAUAAUUGCUGGUUUUAAAUCACUGAGGAAAAUUAUCAAAUGCGUCAGAACCCGUGUGUGUGCUCGGAGUAGAGGAAUUUAAAAUGAGUUUGCUGUACAAAAAAAGUGGGAUGAGGUUUUUAUUUUUAAAAAUUGAAUUUUUGCAUUGAGGUUGUUCCGUAAUAAAACUAAAGUUGCCGUGUCACUGUGUAAUGCUUUUUCAAUAUGUUGGGGAUUUGUGUACUUUUUUUUUUUUGCAUCAAUAAUUUUUAGUGUGUUCUAAAAUUUUAAGAAUUACAAUCUUUCAAUCCAGAUGCAAAGUGUGAUUUUUUUUUUUUUUUUUUGGUAAUGAUUUAUUCACUCGGCUGCUUGGUUAUAAAUCCAUGUUUCUGCACAUUGCAGUUAAAUAUGUCAUCAUUCGAGUUGUUACCAUGGAGACGGCCCGCCCACCAACAUGCACUUGGGGUGUUGUGGGGUUUUUUUUCUUCUUCUUCUCUGAAUCCCCCCCCAUGUUAAUUUUUCUUCUCUCUCUCACUCACACACACACACCCACCCCUGGACAUUAAAGAGGUGUAGUAAUAAGUGAAAGAUUGUGUGGGUUUUUUUUUGUGUGUUGGCAGAAACACACAGGGCCCUGUGUUUGGUAUUCCAGUUAGUGUGUGUGUGUGUGUACACUCACUAAUGCUGAAAGAGAGUGCUGUUUCCUCUGACCAUCUCUCUCCUCCUCACACAUCUCUCUCUCUCUCUCUCUCUCUCUCUGUGUCUGUCUCUCUUGUCAGGUUUCAGUGUCAAGGUGAGUUUUACAGCUGACUAAAUUCCUCAACACUUGUUCAUGCUGUGAGUCUAAAAGCUAAUUGUCUGUGUUUAAUUGAAGGUUUCAGGAUUUUGUUAAAGUAUGUUUAUGCUUUCAGUAAAGCGAUGAUUUCUGACCGUCUAACUGUUUACACAGCAACUGAAGUCUCAGUUUAUUUUCUGUAACGUCUGUAGUUUUCUCAGCACAAAACAAGUGUUCACUCCACAGCUACAAAUUUAUUAAGUGAAAAGCCAAAGUUUGUUUGGUUAGUGAGGGUCAGGUGGGAUUUAGUUGUAACAUUUUAUUUAAAUUUCAUUUUUAUUUUCUUAAUUUAUUUUCCAUCAAGCAAGAGACCAUGAUGCGUGUUGCGUUGAUGAUGGUCCUGCUGGGAGGUGAGUUUAUUACAAGCUGGUACCUGUGACACACAUGCGUGCACACAGUCUAUGCAAGUCUUUUAAAAGCACACUGUCCUCUAUUACAGCUCCUGACCAAAAAUGUUUUUUUUUUUUUUAAACCUGUCUUUCCAAUGCCUGUCUGUUCAUUUAAAAAAAAAAAAAAUUGAGCUUUUAUUUCAGAUGUUAAUGUGAUGCACUGUAACAUCAGAACACUGCUGUUUGAUGGUGAAGAUAACAGCAGCCGUGUUGUUCAGGUGUGUUUGCAGCGCCGUUUGUGAACCCGGAGCAAGCGAAACGUUUUAUCCGUCAGAAGAGGCAGAUCGACUACUGGGACCCCAAUCACCCUCAGAACGUGUGGGGCUACACGGUGCAGGAACAGGUGAGGAACCAAUCCACAGGUAAUAAAUCAGCGGAAUGGUGUAGAAGAAGCAGCAGCCUUUGUCACAUGCACAGUGAAAUUUGUUCUGUGUUUAACCCAUCUGAAGCACUGAACACACACACACCCAGAGCAGUGGGCAGCUGUGCUAAAAUGAGCAGUUGCUCAAGGGCACUUCAGCCCAAGGCCGUCCCAUGUUAACUUAAACGCAUGUCUUUGGAUUGCGGGGGAAACCAGAGGAAACCCAUACAGAAAGGCCCCCGUUGGCCGCUGGGUUCAAACCCAGAACCUUCUUGCUGCGAGGUGACAGUGUUAACUACAUACCACACCACCGUGCUGCCCAGUAGUGUAGUGAUCAUCAAAUCUGAUUCAUGCUCAGUGUUAUUUAUUUUAAAACACUAACAGUUUUUAUGUCUGAAAAGUUUUAUCCCAAUAUUAAUUAAUACUCUAAUGUAUAACUGCUUUAUCCUCAUUUGUCUUUGUUCAGUGUUUGUGAUCAACAUGAAGCAGGAGUCCAACACACUUCUCUGGACUGGAAACAGUUUCCUCUGAACUCUCUCCCAGUGGAAGUCUUGUGGCAAAUGUUGGAUUCCAUUAAUAUACACUUAAAUAGAUUAAAUAAAUAUAAAACAUCGAUUCAUACUUCAGGAGCAAUAAAUUUGUGAGGCUAAGGGACAUGAGUGAAAAUUCUCAACGCUGCUGUUUUUCUUUAAUUUUUUUUCCAGCACUGGAGCAGUUCAGUAAAAAGUCGAUUGUGUUAUCCAUUUUUGUAAAAGGAUCAGUAAAUUCAUCUCUCUGACAGUCGGCCCAUCGGAGAAGGUGCUGCUGCAGGUUUCGAGCUCCAUUUAUCUACAACCACUUCUGGCUCAAUCACUUGUAGCAAUUAUUUAUUUGUUUUUUU